CUACCGGUGUAUAUUUUGGCUGUCGAGUUCACAGUCCGCCACGUCGAAAAUAAAUAGAGGUGUUCUCGAUAAAUAACUUAAGACUAGAUAUCUGGUAUACAUCUACAUAGUAACUUUCGUCUCUUACCACUAAUAACACUUUCAAUAUGGCGUCGUUUAAACUCAUAGGACUGCUUUUAGCGUGUGUGUGUCUGUCUUAUGCUGAAGAUGAACUGAAGAUAGAAGUUGUUGAGAAACCGGAGGAAUGUGAACGUCUCAGUAAAAAGUUCGAUAUGCUACAAAUGCAUUAUACAGGUACACUAGAAAAAGAUGGUUCUAAAUUCGAUUCUAGCAAAGAUCACGGGCAGCCCUUUAGUUUUCAACUUGGUGUAGGUCAGGUUAUUAAGGGUUGGGAUCAGGGUUUAACAGACAUGUGUGUUGGUGAAAAACGUAAAUUAGUUAUUCCAUCACAUCUAGGUUAUGGUGAAUCUGGAGCGGGUGAAUCUAUUCCUCCCAAUGCUAAUUUAUUAUUUGAUGUUGAAUUAGUUGAUAUCCAAGAAGGUCAGCCACCACCAAAUGUUUUUAAAGAAAUUGAUACAGAUGGUGAUAAACUGUUAUCUGUAGAGGAGAUUGCUACGUAUUUAAAAGAACAAGCAUCUAAACAUAAUGUUGGUGAAGAGAAUGUUGAGGAACAACACAAUAAUAUGAUAAAAGAAAUCAUGGCUCAUGAAGAUAAAGAUAAAGAUGGUUUUAUUUCUCAUGAAGAAUUUAGCGGCCCAAAACAUGACGAAUUAUAAAAAAAACAACUUUGUUAAUGUUUUAGGAUUUUAAUCAUUAAGUCUGUGUGCAGGAAUUAAAUCACUUACAAAUUUCAUCAAAUUAAAAUAAAUUUCAUUUAAUUUUGAAAGAUAAAAACAAACUUAUUUUUUGACUGUAUAUAGUUAAAAAUAGAAGAUAAAUUGGACCAAAUUUAUACGAAGAAAAGCAACUUAAAAACCCAUAAAUAAAUAUAGAUGAAAUUGAUUGAAAUCUUGCACAUAGAUUUAUAUUGUUUUCAUGCCAAGUCAUAUUUUUGUUAUUGCAUCAUGUCAUUCAAUUAUAUAAUGGAAUCUUUUACUUUAAUUAAAAACUUGAAAAAAAUAGAUAGCAUUGUAUUUUAAAUAAGAUUGUUUCUAUUUACGUCUAAGAAAAUACCAGUCAGGGUAAAAAUCAUGAAAUAAAUGUUGUUCAAAAAUAUGAUUCGGUUCCAAUUUAAAACACAACACACUUUAAUCCAGAAAUGCAAAAUGAACAAAAUUUUGAAGUUUAGCAAUAAAUAUAUGAUUAGUAUUUGUGAAAUGUCUCAUUCGUGUCUCUUAUCACACAAUGCCUUACUCUACAUAAAUUCAUGCCUUAAAAUAUUUAAUAAAGAUCUGUCAUUUUUAAUCAAUAAUCCCAAUUACUGGGGAUAAUUACUGUUAUUGUAAUUUGUAAGUUAAAGAAAUGAACUGGGGAUAAUUACUGUUAUUGUAAUUUGUAAGUUAAAGAAAUGAACUGGGGAUAAUUACUGUUAUUGUAAUUUGUAAGUUAAAGAAAUGAACUGGGGAUAAUUACUGUUAUUGUAAUUUGUAAGUUAAAGAAAUGAAUUUACUUACAUUUAAUGUGAAAUUUAUUUUAAUAUAUAUACCAAAAGUAAUUUAUGAAUAAUUCUAUGGUAAUCUGUUAAGUAUUGAAAGUCUUAGAUGUAAUUAUUUUCUUCAUAAAAUUUUGUAAGUAUCAUUUUGAUAUCAUGUGAUAUCUCACUCUAUAUUUAUCUAGUCAACGUAUAUUACUUAAAUCAAAGGUUUAGUUUAUCAAAAGGUCAAACAUAACAUGAAUUAUAUAUUCUCAUGAUAACAUCUGUCAUGAUGAAAUCCCUAUUCCAUGACCAAUUCCACUUACUGGUAAGAUUGUUUUGUUUCUUAGCAUCUUAUAAUAGACUGUACUGUAGUAGUAGUUAAUAUCUCUACAUACUAGAGGAAAACUAAGACAAAUAAUGAAUGCACAAAUCGCAAGUAGAAAUGGGUUGAAGCUUGUAUUAAAUGCUUUUUGUAUUUUUUGAUGAAAAAAUAUGCUUUUUUUAUAUAUGUACACAUACUUAAAUUACUGGUUUACUCAAUAUUGGGUUAUUUUGUUCCAGUAGGAUAAAGUCUGUUUAGCCUAGUUUAUCAUGUCUUCCAUUGUGCUUAGCUAUCGUACAUAAACAAGAUUUAUAUAUUUAUGUUGAUAUUUAAUUUCAAUCGGUGUUUACAGAGGUUGUUCGUUACUAUACAUGCAUGUCUACUACAAAUCUGAUGGUUUCAUCUCAGGUACACAAAGGUUGUUUGAGUAUGUAUUGCUUCAGAUUUAAUCAUGUUUUCUAUUAAAAUUAAUUCUCUCAAAUGUAUGUCAAGAAUUGUUCUAGCUGUUUGAUCUUUCAUUAAUUGUAGAUUCAAAUACUAAAUAAAAAAUAUUUAUUUUA